AAAGAAAUUCUCAUAUUUUGUACGUUUUCAAGGCAUUUAAGCAACUUUGUCAAAGUUACAUUUACCCUAUUCAAAUGCAUGUGACAUCAAAUAAUCUAAAAGGAAUCAGAUUAUAUUACCUUUAAAAUGUAAUCCAAGAGAUUACGUUACUUACUACAGUUUUAGUCAUGUAAUUUGUAAUCAGUACCAGAUUACAGUUCGUUAGUAAUCUACCCAGCACUGUGGGCAGUUUUAUCGCAGUCAGCAACAAUUGUAGUAACCAAGGUAUUUUGGUGGAAUCUUUCUACCACGGUACAUCUUCAGAAAACCUAGCUACUCCAAUUCAAUGACAUAUGUCGACGAGAAACAAGACUGCAAAUAAUUCAUGCAUUAUCUCCAAAUGUUAAUUUGCUGUAGCAGCUCUCCAGUGCGGUAGGUGGCAGUCAGCUGUUUCCAGAAGCAGGGGAGUUAAAAACUUGCUAAUGCAGCGGGGCAAACUAGUUUGCUUUCAGUGGUGUCUGGUUGCUGCUGAAGUUCAAAAAUAAUACAUCAAAAAUGACCAAGCUUCAGCUUCUGCACCGCGCGCUGAAUGAGCGUCUGAUGGCGGCGGUGGAGCAGAUCAUGGAGAUGGUCGGCUGUACGGUGCUGGAGUACGAAGAGGAGACGGUUCGGGUGCGGAAAGAAAACGAGGUUCUGAGACGGAGGCUCCGAUGGAUGGAGGGCGCAAAUCCAGCGGAUUGGCAAGGCCCAUCAGAACCUGUUAUGCUUACCACCCUGGAUAAGUCCAAUCCAUCCCAGCAAGAGGAGAGUACUGUCAGCUUUAGAUUUGAACUGGAAUCAGAAGAACUUGUGAUCAAAACAGAGACCAUUGAUCACCCAUUGAAUGCAAGACCUGACAGCAGCCAUGCCACAUUACCUCAAAGCACUGAUCAGGGAUCUGCCAUAGCUGGGACGAGUGCUGGUAUUAACUAUAGCCUGACAGAUGGCAUGACCUGGGACUCCAACCAAAGUUACAUGGCCCCUUUGGACUUUGAUCCAACUUCAAACAGCAGAGUCAGCAGCUGGAGAGAGGGUUCCAGAAGGCAGAGGAUGUCAUUUGCCUGUCCAGAUUGUGGUAAAGUCUUUGGAAGUAAACAGAGGCUGAUGUUUCAUAUGCGCAUCCAUUCCACAGAGAGGCCGUAUGCGUACCGCAGGCGCAAAGCAUGUUUCUACGGCGACAAAAAUAAAAGAAAGAAUAAACUGCAUGGUCUCUCACAGCUGUCAAGGAAAAUUGGGGAUGAUCUGUCAGAUGGGUCUGAGCAGACGAACGGGAGUAGUGCAUUAGCCGAACGUCUGGCUAUUACUGGGCCAGAACAAGACCAAGACAGCCCAACUACUGAAAGUGACACUAGUAGUGAUAAAGAUCCAGAGAACAGUACUGCCAACCCUGUGCAUCUUGUACACCAGCAAAAAGCAAAAAAGCGAAUGCCUUGUUGCCCUCAUUGCAGUCGGGUGUUUAUACGGCCCGGUCGGUUAGCAGCGCACAUAAAGAGACAUUUGAUGGAAGCAAGGAGACAUUCUGUGAACCUCCCAAAUACAUAUUCUGCAAGGAAUGAGAUGGUGGAUGAGAAGAGGAAACUACCCAAGAAGCAAAGGAUCGUAAAUAAUGAUGCGGUGGUGAAGGACAGAGCAAAAAGGCUUAAGAAGAACAUGCCAGUCCAGAAUAAGCUGUCUAAGGGAAAAACAAAGGAGGCAGACCCUAAAAACAGUGGAAGUACAAAAGUACAUAGUACGAAAAGAGUGAAAGUGCAAAUGAAAAUAUUUCCCUGCCCACAUUGCGAUAAAGUGUUUGCUCGUGAAGGAUGGCUGGGGCCACACAUUCAGAUGCGUCACUUUAAAGAGAAUAGUAUUAGUUACUUUGACAGCUUGCCUGGCAGUGGCCUGAGGAGGUCACGACGACCCUUCACCAAGGUAUUUUAUAAGGGCACACCUGAUGCAGAGGGAAUAUCUAAGGAGUCAAAACAAGAAAAUAAAGCCAACCUGAUCGUUAUUGUGCCCAAAGUAAAUAUAAAUGAGGCAGUACAGAGUGCAGAUGGCCAUAAAAUAGUAACGGAGUCAAAGAGAGCUCCCGAGGAGCCAGAGGAAUCAAAAAAAGAUGCCUCAGACUUUGACAGAGAAACAUCAGGCACUGAAAGUCUGAUGAACACGUUUCCUUGUGAAUUAUGUGACAAAACAUUUAUGAUGAAAUGGAGGCUGAAGAAGCACAAGAGGACGCACAUAGCACAAAAUCUACUACUGCACAAAAGAAGAAAACGGAUGUUGAUGGAUGAGGAAAGUCUAAUGGAAACAAAGCUUAAGCAACAAAAACAAGAAAGCAGAGAAGCAAAGAAACCGAGUGAGGAGGAGGAAAAGCUUAAUGACAAGGGGUCAACAAGUAAUACACAGCCAAAGAAAUCGCAAUCAAUGGAAGAUGCUGAAAUGAUGGUAAAGAACAAACCUGGCUGUUGUGUCUGUAAAUACUGUGGCAAAAUCUAUACCCGUAUAAACUGGUUGAAGAAGCACAUGCUUGGACAUCGAAAAGAAAAGCUUGUUGCCAGAAAUGAACAGUCUGAAACUGAUAAGAUGCAGAGCAAUGAAGGAAACACCAAUAAACCGAGCAGCAAAACCAGAGGUCAAGGAUCAUUUCCCUGCCCAUUUUGUGACAAAGUUUUCACCAGGGAAAUGCGGUUGUUGAUGCAUAUGCAGAUUCAUUCUGGUGAGAAACCGUAUUCCUAUCGGCAGCGCAAGGCACAGUUUUAUGGUGACAUACGUUGCAGACUCCCGAGAAACCAUAAUCAUGAGGUUUCCACAAUUCCGCCAUUAAGGGGAAACAGGGAUGUGUCUGAAGAAUCUGCGGGUGAAGAAACAAUAAAUGAGGACAAAUCUGCACAUCUGAGCAUCAGUGCAACUGAUCCAGUAUCUCAAGAUCUCUGUCAACCACAGUCUGCACUGCAGGCCUGUACUGGCAGCCUCAACAUUCUACCUCAGACAGUUACUGGGCAGCCUAAUCAAAGAACUGAAUCAGAGUUGGUCAGUGAUGUCAUAAGCCACAUCAAUUUGCAGCCCAGGAUUGUUCUAGAACCCAUUAUGACUGAAUGCAAGUACUUGAGCACAGUUUCUGGGGUAGGUGAUGUCAAAACAGACAGUUCUGAAAGAAGUGGCUUUGAUCUUGAACAAACCUCAUGUCCAGCAUUGAUUGAUGAUGAAAUGGGUGAUGUUAUGAAUGAUCACAUUGUGGGUUACAAGCCUGGUGUUGGCUACAGUGGUAUUUCUGAGACAGACAUUGUCUGUGUGGAGGUUGGAUCCCUACAGCAGGUAUCUCAAACAGAAGUAGAGCUUAACAACACAGUAGUCCCACAGGCCACUGAAUUCUCUGUGGGAAAUAACACAAAGGGACAACAAAAAGUGGUUUCAGAGAACCAGAUACCAGUGAUAGUAAUAGAUGAUGAACCAGAACAGUCAGCAACCCAAACAAGCACUUUUGCAAGCAGCUUGGAAUCAGCAAGUUCAGAGCCAAUAACUGCUGCUAAAAAUGCCCCGACUGGAUGUGGAAAGACUAAUUGGGAUCGUGAAGAGAUCUCUGCUAUGAAGUUAACUGUUAUGGAACCGACUCCAUUUUUAGAGUCUGUGUUCAAAGAAACCACUUCUGGUGCCAUGCAGAAAAACAUUGACUCAGAACUUUUUGUUGUCCUCUCAGACAGUGAAGAUGAUGUGGAUGAUGAUAUGUUGGGUCCCUCUAAAGGUUUAGAUAAAAAGAAAAUAGCCUCAGUGGCUAGCAUAUCAAAAGAACAAUUGGAUGCUAGCAGAACUGUCAUUCCUGAAUCAGUGAUUAAGGCUCCAAAUAAUGACUCCCAAAUUCCAGCUCCAGAUGCAAUGGAAUCCAUAACGGAAGAUCCCACAACUAUAGACAGUGCCUCACAACAAACUGAUUCUGAUGCUGACACUGAUGUUGAGUUUGUACCCAAUGAAAGAAAUGAUCAGAGUAUCUCUAAUGACCUACUCAUCAAAGACCAAAUGGCCUCUGCUGGCAUCAAACAAACAGAGGACAGCUCCAUGACUCAGAAGAAGGAGAUGAAAAUAUCUGGUUUGAUAUUUGCUGGUCAAGAAUCUCUAUCGCAGCAUUUACAAGGUCAUACUGAUAAGAAACUUCUAGACAUGAAGAUUGUCUUUGGUGAUGAAAGAAAAAAUAAGAAACACGGUGUAAACCAACAGGGGUCUUAUCGAAAUAACCCAUUUCAACAACAUUGUCUGACUUGUGAACAAAAGAACAGCAAAGGUGCAUCCUGCUCAACCCAGGAAAUUGUUGAUGAAGAAUUAAGAAAUCCAACUCCAGACACUAUCGGCAGUUCCAGACUACAGCCAAUUGUAGAGUCAGCUAAUACUCCCUUAUCUAAUCCUAAUGUUAGCACACUGCAGAAAACCUCAGAUUCAAGGGAUCAUCCAAUUCUAAACCAUAGGGCACAUGAAGCACAGCAGAACGAUACUCAAGAAUCAGACACUCUGGUGCAUACUACUAAUUGUGAUCUAGAACACAUAAGCCCUCCUACUGUUGACCCUUGGUACACUGCUGCACAGAAAACAUGUUACCAAGAACCAGAGAGGCCUCCUGUCUCGGACGAUCUUAAUGCAGUAUCAUCAAAUCCAUCUUGUCUAGAUCCUUGCCAGUCUGCUGCCAUUAAUCUUCCCCAUCUGGAAUCAGAGUUUCCUCCCUUAGUAAAAACUGGCAGUAGUACAACAAAGAACUCUGAUGUGGAGAUGCUAGAAGAACCACUCCACAGAACUCCUAGUCCAGAAACUACAGUUUCAGCCCCUUCCAUUUUAAACAUCUGUUGUAACAUUCUUCAGCAGUCUUCUGUAGAACAGACAGAUCAUCCUCAGCCUUGUGCUGGACUGGGUGCAUUGAACAAAACUCUUUUUCCCGAACAAGAUAAGUCUUUUGUAUCCAAAACUGGCUGCUCUGACACACAACAAACCAUUGUUCAAGAAUGUGAUGGUUGUUUGCCUCAUGAUACUGGGUGCAGUGAAGACCUUAAACUUUCUUCAAAACCAAAGGAACUGUUAACUUCAGGUUUGGACUUCUCUGACUCUUCCUCAACACACAAUAUGGAAUCAAACAGCAUUUCCAAUUUAGCUGUGAUUGGUAGUACAAAUUCAUGCAGUGAUGAUAUACAGCAUAUCCAUGAUUUGAAUGUAGAUAGGAGCCUCUUUCUGGGCUCAGGAAGUUGUGAUGAAAUUGAAAGUCCAGACCCUGGCAGUUGUGGUUAUCAGCCAACAGUAGAUCCAGAAUCAAACUCAAAUCCUCCUUUUCAAGACAUCAAACCCAAAGCAGUAGAGCAGAUGUCUUGCCUUAAAUCCCAUGGUUGUAAUCUCCAAGAAGAACCUCACAAGAUUAUUGAUGUGGAUGACAAUAGCAUUGCUGUUGAAGCUGAACAUGACUCAAGCAUAUCAGUGACCAGCAAGCACAAGAGGAAAAAAAACAACCAGAACAGCAGUUUGAAAGAGGAUGAGUCUAUGAAAAGUUGUCCAAGUGUUCUUUCUCAGUCAUUCACAGACAAUGAUGCAUUAUCAACAAGCUCAUUUGAAAAAGCUCCAGAGGGCCCUGAAUGCCAAACCAAUUCCAGUGAUGAAAAGUCCAGAUUGUUCAAGACACAUUACUGCAUUUACUGCAAGAAACCACGUUAUAGAAUGAUUGCACAUCUCCAGUCUGCUCAUCCUAGUGAACCAGAGGUUGCAAAAGCUCUUAGCUUUGACAAGAGCUCAAAAGAAAGGAGACAGCUCUUGAGUCUUCUCCAAACCAAGGGAAAUGUUCUACACAAUACAGAUGUGGUUAAAAAUAGUACGCGAGAUGUAAAACCAUUUGCGAGGUUUGCAGUAUCUAGCUCAUUUGAUGACCGUGUUAAUUGCAUCUACUGUUUAGGGUUAUUUAGCAAGAAGUCUUUUGAUACACAUUUAGAGCAGUGCCAGGGCAAAUGUCCUCAAAAUGCUGAGACUAGCGGUAAUGAAAUGCCACACACUACUGAAAUAAAGGCUGAACACGAAUCAACAAACUGCUCAAAUGAAGAAGUAAGUCUCUCACAGUGUAAUGUUGAUCAAGAGCGAUCAAUAACUCCAACAUCAGAGAUCAGCUCCAUCACAGCUUACCCAAACCGUGACUGCAUCCCCAGAAGUCCUGGUAAUGAUUUCAGCCCACCUCAAAAUGCCCAAACUGUGUCUGAUGACCUAAGUAAGAGCAGUGUAAAAGCACAAACACAUGAAACGUGGAGGAGAGGGAGGAAGAGAAAGAGGAGGUCCUGUCAUCAAAAUCAGACAUUGUUCAUGGAGGAUGAUUUAUUGGGUGAAGGGGAGAGUUCUACACCCAACUCAAAAGUAUAUGCAUGUCAGCACUGCGGUGCAACCUUCUGCAGUCCCUACAAGCUGCGUAGACAUGAAUACACUCACACAGGUUGCACUCCAUCUUGCACAGACCAAGUAAAAUUGAAAAGGUCAAAGAGAGGAGUCCAUAGUGAAGAGACGUCAGUAAAGGAUGAAGCUAGAAAAGAGUUAACACAGCCACACAAAGAGAGUCCCGAAGACUUGCUAAACACUGUUAAUGAGAGCACUGGUGAAGAAGCUGCAUCCACAUAUCAAGACACAGAGGAAAGUGAGUUCCACUGGGAAGAAGCAGGUCACAGCAGACAAGACACAUGCUAAGGCUUGACAGCCUGAAGACUCACUGAUCGAUAGAAAGUUUGAAUUAUAUUUUAGUGUCAUGUUUUAAAAAAGCAACA